CUUUUUAAACGCGUUGCUAGUGUAAAUUACUUCCAACAUGUUUCUCUAUUAGUUUAUGUAAUAUAGUUUGUAACGUUCCAUUAGAGUGGGAGUUUCAUAAAAUGAUAAAAACAACAUCAAUAAUGCGAUGGCAAUGACUGAACUUCAACCCAGCAGCGAUAUCCGCCCGAAAUCAGCAUUAGUGCAGAUUAUAGAGAUUCAGGAGAAAACAGUCAAUCCAACACCUGCGCUCAGACGGCUGUCUGAAACCCUAACUGAUGAAUUCCUGUCUGAGCAGAAACUUGUAUAUAUAUAUUUUUUAAUGUUAACAUUCAUGUAGAGGGAGCUGACCGGAUUUGAGGAUUUGAGCAUGGUUUCCACUUUAGAUCUUGAGGUUGAUACUGAUCGAAUGUCGGUAGCAAACUUCGGAACAUAUUUACCGAACUUGAGACAUUUAAGAUUAUCUAAUAGUAAUAUUCCGUCUGUUCGGUUAGCUUUGUGUUCCUAUUUAACCAUAUGUAGAGAUCUUGGCACAUUUCUCAACAAUGUGGAGGUGAUUUGGAUGCCUCGCUGUUGUCUUGUUAGCCUUGAUGGGUUAUCAAGUUUUACAAAACUAGUAGAAUUAUACAUAGCUUUCAACGGAGUAUCGGAUCUUAGUCCGUGUGCAAUGUUGGACAAUAUCGAAGUAAUAGAUCUUGAGGGCAACCUGAUUGAAGAUAGAAGCAGUUUGUCAUACCUUCGUCUCUGUCACAAUCUUACUUCCCUUACUCUUGAAGGAAAUCCUUUUGUUACAAAACAUGGUGGGAAAGUGAGGUACAGAAAAGUUGUGAGAGAGGAACUACCACAGAUAACCGUCCUUGAUGACAUUCCAAUACAGAAAAAUCCUGUUUCACAUUCAGGGGAAUAUGAUAUAACCAAAUUCGAUAGUGAAUGGGAGUAUAUAAACAUCCUCUUGAAAGAAAUUGGUCUAAUAUCUGGUAAAACGAAAAAUAUUGUAGACGGAGAAAAAUCAGGAUAUCUUCUGACCACCGGAGAGGCAAUAGAAGCGGGUCGUUCAACUUUAGGUCUAAGACCAACAUCAGCAUUGAAGAAGUAUCAAAAAAGCACUAUACAGUUUACUGAACCUAAGGAUGGUCGCAACACUCUGAAGCUUUCUAGAAGUUCGUCUGUAAUGAUGGAAAAGGAAGUUAACUCAGAUGAUGAAGAGCUUGUUUCUGAGCUUACAACGGGCAAAGUUAUAUGUGGAGGUAUUAGUACAGCACUGCGUCGUCGAAGAUUUUCACUCCAGACAGGUAAGGUUGAAAAAAUACAAUCAGCUUGUCUGAGAUUAGAAAGUGAAAGUGUAACUAGUUCAGCUUUGGAACAGAGUUAUAUAUGCAGCUUGAAAGAAGGGAAUCCAACUCAGAAUGAACCUAGUGGCCAACAGACCAACAAUAUCAAAACAGUUUUGGAUCAUGAAACAAUUACGAAUGAAGAAUUUUAUUUACGUAAGGAAUGUGAUAUCGUUUUGAAAGAACUCGCCGAAUGGAGAAAAAUACACUCAGAAUCAAAACUACUUAACUCAUGUAAAAGUACAAAGAGAAGAAAGAACAAAAUUACAAAAGCAGAUUUGGAAUUUCACACAGUCAUUUUAUCGCCUGACAAUGAUGAAAAUACACCAGAUAAUCAUAUAGAUUUACAAGAGGAGUGCACUGAAGAUGUUAUCACAUCAAAUAAACCAUUAAAAAACUGUAAUGAAAAACCAUAUACAACACAUAAAAAGAAGCUUGCAAAUUCUAAUCAAAAUCAAAAUCAUAAAAAUACUGCACCGUUUAAAAUGUCAAACGAAAUCGACAAAAAUCAAAUUAAAACUAAACAAGUGGAUGUUGGUACAAGCUCAAUUAAUAAUCGAUCUGUUAAUAAUAAUCGUACACUAUCUGAAUUCUGUUCUUCAUCAUAUUCACUACAAUCAACUAAUUCUGAUCUGAUCAACACAAAUUCAUCAACUAUAUUUCCAAUCACAUCAAAUUGUUCUUCUAAUAGACAAAAGUUAAACGACUCACCAUCACAUGUUGAAUGCUUCUUCGAUGAACAAUUGAUUGUGGAAAAUGGGGAAAGUAGUACACAGGAUAUUCACAGUCAAAAAUUGUCAUUAAAAAAUAAUCAUCAUCACCAGGUACAACAUCAGCCCCAAAUAUCCAAGGUCAGCAAUUUCAAAUCAUCUCAUACAAGUUCAACUAAUAGAAUCAAUCGAAAUGAAUCAGGGAAUAAAUUAGCUCUGAAAUUCACUAAGUCAUCUAACAGUACUAUACAACCAUUACCAUCCAAACCAUUAGUAAAACAUACGAAUUAACCGAUGGAACUUUUGUUUUUGUAUUGUUAUUAUUUCAUAUGCAGAUGUAAAUGUGUGUAUGUGUUGUUUAUGUAUUUAAGAAUUGAUAAAUGUGUGUUGAGUGAUCUUUGUUUUCUUUCUCCUUCUCUCUUCCACAAGUAAACAUAUAUACUCUGUUUUUGUACUUGUUAUGUGAAAUAAUAGUAACUGUCCGCUUUUUAUGCAAUCGAAAAUCACUUGUUAUUCUUGUUGACGGUUUUUUCAAGGUUUGGUAUAAUUGAGUAUAUUAACAAUUUAAAACAACUAAGCUUAGUGUGAUUGUCAGUAAUUUGAUUUUAAAAAUUAACUUGGAAAUUCGAUUAAGUUUUCUUUAUAUUGAUGAAUUCUAUGAUGUAGAUGGUUUAAUUGCAGAGUUUUCAUUGUCUUUCUAAAGAUCACUAUCAACUUUAUGGAACGCUCAGUUAAUUACAUGUCAGAGGCCACUGAAACAAGAAUAGAUGAGGGCAGCGAAACCAAUAAAGGCAAAUCGUAAUAAAAAAU